UGUCCCAUAUGUGGAAAAAAGCAAAGCAGUGCGCGCACGGGUCUCUUCUGCUCCAGGGAUUAUCCUCGCGCUUUCAGAUCAGAUGGAGGACAUGCAGGCAUGAACAGGCUGCGUGCGUGACUGAAUUCCGUUUUUUGCUACUCUGAUGUGGCUCUCAGGGCUGUUAUGUUGUCCAUGCAAGCUCAUGCCAGUGAUGGACUACAGUCGGACCUGCGCUGAUCUUAGCUGGCGUUCAUGAAGCAGCAUUCCUCCUUACUGAGACCAGCUCCGCAGAAUGCUGAGUCCUAUUGUCCCUUAUAAUCUACAUCUGUGCAGUUCCCGAUUGGUUUCUGUGCAGACAUUAACGACACAGAGUCUGUUAAAGAUGCACUGGAACCCAGAGCAUGCCCAGCCCCUCAGCCAGUGGCCUGAGCAGCACCUGGACGUAUCCUCCACCACCUCCUCUCCAGCCCACAAGUCUGAACUGUUCUCUGGGCGAAAUCGCAGCUCCUACAAUUAUGCCUGGGCCAAUGAUGACAUAUCUGCCCUUACAGCCUCCAACCUGUUAAAGCGCUACGCCGAGAAGUACGCAGGCGUGCUCGACUCACCGUAUGACCGGACUCCUGCUGUGAGCACUUACACAGAGCCAGGGGCCUUCGGGGGUCUAAACGGCCAGAAGACUGAGCUGGAGCCUUGGCCACUCACGCACAGCACUGAUGCCUCCUAUUCAUUGAUUCCCCCAGGAAGCCAUGAGAGCCUCUCAGGCUCCAAGACUGUAGCCACAUCUGCAGGUCAACCUGGUGUUAGCAGUGUGUCAGUAGUGAACAGUAACCUAUCGGACUCUGGCUACAGUGGCAGCAGCUCUUGCAGUGGUUCCAGCGAGUAUCCCUCCAGUUACAAUGGUACCUACCUCACAUCCGGUUUCUGUUCGCAACCCAAUACAGCACUUCCCCCUGCGUCCCUUCACACUCUGCAAUCCACACCCACCCUGGUGCCUAGCUACAGCCCUUCCACACCGGUCUACAACUACUCUCCUAGCACAUACCCUCCCCAAACAAGCCUUGGCGCAAGUUACAGCCACCCCUCUGCAACUUAUCUUCCAUCCAGUCUGCCAGCCCCUACCCCUGUUCCCCCAAGGCCCACAUUGGUAGGAGGCACUUAUAGUUAUCAGAGCACCAACCUGAGUGCUUCUGAGUCUGGAGGAACAUUGAAGAGAAAAGCAUUUGAGAUGACUGUGGAAGAGGAAGACAGCGGGGACAGGUCCCGGUACAGGAAAUACAGCUAUGACCCCUUAAAGGCCGGAGGGCACUCCCCCUACAGUGUGAAUGAUAAAGGAGAUUGCAGAGGGAACGGCUUUAGCGGUUCAAGCAGCACAGACUCCCAAAGCUUCAAACCCAGCAAACCCUCCUCCCAGCCCCUUGUUUCUCCUCAGUUUGGGGCAGGAGGUGAGUACAGUCCUCCAGCAGGCAUCACAGGGGAUAAUGUUGUGGCAGAACAGGCCUUCACCCAACAGCAGCACCGCUCUCAAGCACUCAAACGCCCUUCAUUAUGUACCCCGACUGUGGAUACCUUGAAAAGUCCAGAUCCUCGUCUGCUGGAGUUUGUUCGUGGGGAGUUACUGGACCCCAGUCCGGCACUGGGCUGGGGCGAGCUGGUUGGGCUAAGCCAUGUUAAAGCUGCCCUGGAGGAGGACCUGCUGUGGCCUGUGCUGAGGCCUAGUCCAGUACUGCAGCCACCAAAAACCGUCCUGCUGUUCGGCCCCAGAGGAGGGGGUAAAACAACUCUGACUCGUUCACUAGCCUCACAGUUGGGUGCCUCAUUUUACCGUGUGAGUGGAGCCAUGCUGGCCUCUAAAGGGAAGCAUGAGGCAGAACAUAUACUACAUUCUCUGCUGCAGGUGGCAGAGGCGCAGCAGCCAUCAGUGGUGCUGCUCAGUCAAGUGGAAGCCAUGGAGGAGGAGGAGGAGCUGAGGCAGGUAUUGCUGACAAUGCUGGAGAAAGCUCAGAUAGGCACCACUGGUCUGUUGAUUCUUGUUUGUGCUACUGGAAGGCCAGAUCUACUGCAAGAUGCGAUACAUCGAAGCUUCGCAAAAAGAUACCACGUUGGCCUGCCGGAUGUGGGUAUGCGCCGACAGGUGUUGCUGCAGGCGCUGAACCCCCAAGGCCUGAGCUUGAACGAGAGAGAGCUGAGCACUGUGCUGCAGCGCACAGAGGGCUUCUCAGUGUGGGAACUGUUGCAGCUCAGCCAGCAGGCGCUCACGUCGGCUUCCUCCCCGACGAGAGGCCUCCGCAGCCUCACCACCUCCCCAAAACCCCCAGACUUCACAGACUUUGAGAAUGCCUUCCGUAAGGUGCGGCCAGAUAUCACCUCAAAAGAAUUAGACAGUUGUAUAGAGUGGAGCAAAAUGUAUAGCCACUGAAAGCAGCCAGUCAGUCUACUCAGACUGUACCAGGACCCUGUCUUUGCUUUUACAUAGUAAACCCGGGAAUGUUUUAUGGUUGUUUUAUAUUGCAGAAUAUGCAGCCAAAAACCACAGAAAAGCUCUGUGAUAUGGGAGUGCUGACAGAGUUGUUUUACUGGCAGAAAUUUGCCACAAUGUACUUUUUUUUCCCACUCAAAAAACUUGCAAUAUAAAUUUCCCAAAGAUAAUGGAUAGUAUUCUUUGUUGAGUGGGAUUCAUGUCGGUAAAAAUGUCUGGGUACCCACAAAGAUCCUGUUCAGCCUCAGUCUAGGACAAAAUCAAAUAUUGGUUGCGUGGUAUGUGGAUCAAGGAUUAUGGAUAAUAUGUGUUAAAAAAUCCAACUUCCUGUUGCUUUUAGGAUCCUUUAAAUCACCAGUCUACGUAUUUGUUAUCCUGAUACCAUGUUUAGUCCCUGGUUUGUGACUAACCGUUCAGAUUAAAGGGCUUUGGAUGAGAAACACUAUCAAAUUUUUACCAAAAACCUUUGGAGCCAAAUGCAAAAUCUGAAGUACUGUUUAGUUUUUCAAGAGCAAGCGGGCCUCCAAAUCACAGUUUUCUUAAUAGCUUCUCACCAAAUCCCAAUACUACUGCUCCUCAAUAUCUCAAUUAAGCAAGUGCAUAAUAUUAAAAUCCUCAUUGAGCUCCAUUCUAGUUUUCAGUUAAUUUUACAUACAUUUUUAAUUAUGCUACGUUCACUCUGGGCUCAGAAAUGCGUGUCUGAUCAACAGCUUUGAAUGAAAAGUUUAUGCAUGUGGGUGUUUUGGGCUUCCGCACUGAAAACUCUUGUGCUCAUGCAUUCAUGUUAUUAGCUCCGUGUUUGAGCUCUAAGUACCUGCAUUGUACUUUGAACCUGCAUUGAAAGGUAAACCAAUUGAACUUUGACCAAUCAGGGACUUAGAUUUGGUAGUUACUUAUGAGAGACAUAUUUUUUAAAACCAUUUGAAAAUUGAUCGUGGAGGAAAUUUAUAAUUCGGCAAGGAAUUAUAUGACACCAAGUCUUUCAUUUACAGGAACAGAACUGUGAAAGAAAAAGCCUGGAGCGAGAUUCACGAGAUUUACACCACUUCGACGUUUUGCACCAAGCCUCUUCCAACUGUAGGUAAAUGCGGUAGUAUCAGGUAGCGAAAGUCAACGAUGAACACUAAGCGUGUUCUAGAAUGCCCAUACUUGAACACACCACACAUGCCCGGUGUGAACGUAGUUUGGUUAUAAAAACUUGUCUCACCAACAGCCUUGCACUUACACUUCACGUUCAAUGGGCUUUAUUUUUGACAUUCCCCAUCCCCGUCAGCUUUCCUGAGAAACAAAAGCAAAAGUCAGCGUCAACACUUGCAGCUCCUCCCACAAAAUGUUUUCUCCUUUCACUUCUUUUUUGUUUUCUAGUAUGUAGUCUCAUUUGAAAUGCUCAGGAAGAAUUUCUUUACCUCAGAAAUAUGAAAUAAAGAAUGUAUGUAAUCUUAGGGUCUUAGAAGAGAGUGGUGCAGAGCGAGAUAGGCAGCAAGGGAAUAACUGACAGUCUUGUGAUACCCACUGCAGCUGGGCUCGUACCUCAAGAGAGAAACUUGAAUAUGCUACAAAGAGUUAACAUUGAAUGUAAUUCAGGUAUUUUAAAGGAUAUUUGAUGCCAUAGAUCCAUGUAUUAUUAUGUAUGAAUAUAUAAAUACAUUUUUUCUGUUCCUUUGCCCUUUAUUGUAGAUUAUGGUGAAGUAUUGGUUGUCUUUAUGAAAAGCAAUGUAGGAAAUGCAAAAUAUACUUUUUUGUUGGACAAACUGCUUACUCAUCUCGUAAAUGUUUAUUUUUCUGGUGUUUACUUGUCCUGUACAAACAUGUCUGCUCUCCUAAGACUUAUUGGCAAAAUGUUAUUUAAAAAUAUGUCACACACAGUUGUACUCGUGGACUUCCACUGGAUGAUUUAAGCACAAAAUUACACCAAAAUAGACAUCAACUGUAGUUCUUGUGAUAUCUGCGUUGUUAUACCUACAUUAACGCUGCCUGUGGGUGCACAUUGACGACAUAGCCAACAAGUUGACAAUCCAGAAAUAUGUCAUCUUCUGCAGCUGCUGCUUGGUUCAGUUUUAACGAGCAGGAAAACCCCAGUCACUGGUUUUACCGGCACAGAGUACUUGUGUUUGCUGUUGCCACGGCCCUAAAAAGGUACAAACGCCAUGAUGUAAUAUUUCCGACCAUUCUUUCCUCCAUCUGUCUAUCCCUUCCGCCCAGCCUCAUCAGUCUUUUUCUCUUUUCCUCUCUCCCCAAUGCAAUCUCAUUAGAUUGGAUUGCCCCUGGCCACUGGCCUCAGUUACCAUGUGGCGCUGUAUCUUCUCCCCACCCCCUCUUUCUUUUUCCCCUUUUACCGAUUCCUUUGGAGUGGAAGUGGGCUGAUUGAUGUCCGGCAAUCCUAUAUCGCAGCGCAGCCUUCCCUUACCAGCUGGUUGCUUCGGCCAUGCCAUACAGCAAGAUCAAUCAGUGACCCCCAGCGUGCAUGCUGAUCGCUCUCUCCGAAAUUGAGAACACAUUUACAGAUUACAGACCAACCCCCACAACUGACAGUAACACCCAAAUAUAACAGAUUAUGUUUUUUUUUUUUUUACAAAAUCAAAACAAUGUAGACUUUGAGCUGUGGCAAAUUUAUCCAUCAUAACUUUUUUCUCAUCUCAGUUUGUCCAACAAAAGAAGCUUUUAUUUUGCUGAUCUGUUACCACAGUAGGUCUGUUUUUGGUUCUUGUACAUUUUCCUUUAACCAUUUCUACCUCAUUUUUGUGGCAUAUUGUACAUGAAAGUAUUUAUUUCAUGUCUUUUUUGAUGUCUGAUUUAAAAUGGAUAAUAAUAAUGUUCCUGAACUGUAAUAGUCUACCUCAGAAAAGACUGUAUUUUAAAAGAAGAGUAUCACACAAUAUUAAACAAAAUUGGUCAAUAUUGCAUUG